GGGCCCGGGCACAGGGUUCACGGGCCGGUUUGGUCACUACAAGAACCGGGCGAGCCCGAGGCCCGGCCCCCAAAUCUGCAACGCUUGGCGCUCGCUCGGCUCCGCCCUCCGCCCCCCUGCUCCGUCCGAUCGCCGCGCCCCCUCGCCGCCGGUGAUCGCUGGGGAGCCGACGAGGCCGGACGCCGGAGGUUCUCGCUCCCUCCUCUGUGUCUCCCUUCCUCCCGCGCGUCCCGCCUGCUCGUCGCGUGGCCUCCUGCUCGGGGCUUCCUCUCGCCGCGGAAUUUGGCAUGUGACGUGGGGCGAGGCCAACGAGGCGCAGCCGGCGGCGGCGUGGGGUUGAUUGGUUAACUGGAUUUCGAGAUUGUUUUGUCUGGAUUUUUUUCCGAGGGAAGCGCGCGCUCCAGGUUCAUUUCCAAAAUGGUUUGCAUGGUGGGGAAUUUUAAAAUGUCUUCUGUGUUGAAGCUUGUAAUGAUGGAAAAUCACGCAACACCAGGUAAAGUAUAGUUAAGAUUUUAACCUCUUUUGACUUUCCAUUUAGCCUGUGACUUUCAUGGAUAAUACUUUAAUAGAGGCUUUGAGACCUGUGUCCAGAGUAAAUAAAGAGAAAAUUAUAUUGCACAGUUGUCAGUUAGGAUGGAAAUUUGAUAUCCAUCAAUAAAAUUGAUAAAUUAUAGAAUGGUGCACCUUAUCUUUUAUUUUACUAGAACACAGUGCAACUUCUAUAUAUUCUUAUUUGUAACUUGGAUAUGUUGCAAAAAUAAUAAAUAUUACUAGAUCCUUGCAAAGAGAAGGAGAAAUAAUAAAAUCUAGAAAAGAAUAAUACAAUACAAGGGAGCUUUGAAAUGAAAUAUUAUUUAUAUACAAACCUUCUAUGGAUUGAAAAGACCGUUUAAUCUGUUACUGGAUUUCAUUAUAUUUGAUUCAGCUCCUCAGUGCAGGUAUGUACUGUUUUCAGUAUCAUGUUUAUUUUAUGUUCUGAAGUAGAAAUGCCUUUGUAGGGCCAUAAAUACUUUGUCUUUUACUGCUUUCAGGUUUCUGGAUUUGUUUUUACCAAGGUUCAAGAAAACCUAGGCGCUAGUCACACGUUAUCCUACUGACUAGCGUCUAGGAAGAUUAAACGUAGAUUAAGCGUGAUUAAUCGUUUGUUUUUUAAUUUUUGUGCUGCAGAAAGCAAGAUCAGCAGUGAGUAACUAAGUACUAAGUAAUAAUAACACAACUACUAAGUAGUGAUACUAGUGAACCUACCUUUUACUGUUCCGCACAUUUAUUUUUUACAUAAGUUGCUUUCCUCCUUGGCUUCUUGCAAGUUGCUUCCAACAGCAGCUGAUCAUCAAAGAGAGACAAGUUAAUAAUCUGAAAACUAUACAAUCAGAUAAUUUGGAAAGAGUAGAAACUCAUCUGAGGGGCAGCUCAAUAUUGUACAUGCACAGCCAAGCUUGCAAACAACAGGGCAACAUCACAAGUCAAAGGAUCACAAGAAAUACAGAAAACACUCACAGUUCAUCACAUGCCUUAAUGGUCCACAAAUUAAAUAGCAGUACAGCACACAAUAAUUGUUUUAUGGUCCACACACAUUAGGAUAAGUAAAUAACUAGAUAUUAACUACACGGCGCCUAGCGCGUGCACACCGUGUCUAGGCGCGCCCAGCGCCUAAUACUGCGCCUAGUCCAUAAACGAGACACUAGACCUUCGUUAGCGUUUAAUCGAGAUUAAUCUCCGUUUAAUUGUGUUUUUUCGAACCUUGGUUUUUACAAAAUGUUGAUAAUGUGGCCUGUAUAGUGCAAUAUCAAUGUUCUUAUUAAUCCACUUUAAAAACAUAUAUAAUUAUUGUGUUCAUAUUAUCUUGGUUUACUGGUACUUUGAUAACCUUCAGAUUCUCAUCAUAUGCAUGCAAAGCAAAAAAUGAUUGUGAUGUUUUUCGGUCACAUGUGCAUGGAUAGCUUAUGGUUGAUCAUUGAUCAUUUGAUCGUUAUCCAUAUUUUAUUCCUUGAGUUUCUUUUUGUCUCUCUUGAGUGAACAAAAUAUUGGGUCUGGUACUGAGAUGAUUCUUCUUGUUGGGCGUUUGAGCAUGAAAAGAAUUUGCUCUGUCACUUUUGGCAGAUGACGUGAUCCAUGAGAUGACUGCUGCACAGGUCCUACAGAAGCAACUGUUUGAUGCACACGAACCAAAUUUACUGGAUGAAAAUGAUAUGCAUAUAUUUGGAUCAAAACCGAUGGCCGACCCAUUGGACUUGGUCUGCUGUAGUACUUGCAAGAAGCCAGUCAAAGCCAGCCAAUAUGCAAUUCAUACAGGGCAAUGUAGUUCAGGGAAGGUAAACACAAAUGGUUCAGUGGGUGUGGAUCAUGCCAAUCCUACAAAGCCCCUGAAGAAAGGCAGAAAAAUAAAGUUGAUAAGUAAUGGAAAUCAAAAAGUGCACAUAAAAGUGAAAGCAAAAUCUCAAACUGAAAGCAAUAACAUUGCCAAUAGUUUCGAGUUGGACAAUGGACAUGUCACUAAAGUACAACCUAUAGAUUCCACAGGGCUGGGCCUGUCUGCUGAUAGUUCAGCUACUAUCAAUGUGCCUAAAAAUCAUCCCAGAGAUGCGCCAGUUCCUCUUGCAACAAAAAUGUAUCAUUCACAGGGCAACUACCGUCUUCGAUUUGAGCUUGGCCAGCUUUAUCGCGAAUCAUGUGUGCAGCAUUUGAGUGGCCACACAACUCCAAACGUGUCACAUGAGAAUGGAUUGAUGGCAUCAUCACGGUUUUCUUCUUGUGGCAACUCAGCAUUGCCUACUCAGAAGAGCCUUGUUCCUCAAACAAAGCCUCUCGCAGACCCUCAGCAAUUAGCAGCAAGCAGGCCUAACCAGUCACAAGGAACAAAAACUGAUAGAGCAAGUGCACAAGCAUCUGCAAUUAAAAAUGAAGGUUCACGAUCCAGAUGCAAUAAAGCUACCAUUCCCCAUUCGAGAAACAAAGGCAGCAAGAAGACGCAACAGCAACCUAAUGGACGUGUUCAUGCGAUCAAGUUCCCAGUAGAGUAGCCCAUUCGUAGGUAAUUUAUUGGUUAAGUGGAAGUGUCUCUUCUGGUGAACAGUCUCUUCUUUUCUCCUUUCCAAAUGAAAUUGGUUAUUGUCAGGAUUGUUCUAAUUUGGACUGUCCCGAUCCGAGGUUUUGGUUCGCCGGCCAUUGGUACUAGAAGCUAACAGCACUAGUUGUAGCACUGACGAUGAACUUACCUGUAAAUAUGGCCACAGAGGCCUUGGCUUCUUCCUGCCGAAGGUCGUGGACCUGAUGAACAUUUUGAAUGUAGCCUUCAUCUUUUGGGCAUUGAGUUCUAGUUGAUUGAUGUUUUGUGUUU